CCUACCAUUUUCCUUCCAAAUGAGCCAGUUUGAUAUGUUUGACACUAGAAUCAAGACAUAAACGGGGACAGCCAUAAAACUCAAACCUUUUCUUAGCGAGAAGAAUCAACAGAGCAGAUGAAAUGAUCCGGCUUUGAUCCAAAACCUUAUCCCGCAAACCCUAAAUUAGCUAUAAAUCUCUUCUUCUUCUUUGGGGAACAAUUGAUAGUCUCCACUUCGAAGAACAUUGGGAUCGAAUCUUCACUGCUUCACUGUAUUCGCCCUCUCUCAAUUUGGAAUAUUCACACCGCGACCUAGCCGAGUAUCUGUUAGCAGAAUCAUUAAGGGAAGUUCCGCACAAACAAGCUUGUGGUGGUGAUGAUGAUGGACCUGGAUCCCCCACAAGACGAAGACACUGAAAUGAGUAAUAGUGAUGUGCACAACAUUAUAUUAUCAUACCUUGUGCACAAUAGCUUCAAAGACACAGCGGAGUCAUUUAUUGCCAGCACUGGAAUGAAGAAACCUGCAGGUUAUUGUCUUGAUGAUAUGGAGAAAAGAAAAAGAAUAUGUAAUUUCAUAAUAGAGGGUAAAGUUCUGAAGGCAAUUGAGCAAACAGAACAACUAGCACCAGACAUACUGGAGAAGAACAUGGAUCUGCAUUUUGAUCUGCUAGGCCUUCAUUUUGUUGAAUUAGUAUCCUCAAGAAAAAGCAAUGAAGCUCUUAAAUUUGCUCAGGCAAAGCUAGCCCCUUUCAUGAAGGCCCAAAGUUUUCUUCAAAAGCUUGAGGACUUUUUAUCUCUGCUCGCCUUCGAUGAACCAGAAAAGUCGCCCAUGUUUCACCUACUUAGCUUGGAACAUCGACAACAUGUUGCAGACAGUUUGAAUGGGGCCAUCCUUGCACAUGAAAACCAGCCCAGAUAUUCAGUGUUGGAAAGGUUAAUACAGCAGACAACCAUGGUGAGACAAUGCUUAAGCGAAGAUCCGGCUAGCAAGGAGGGCAGCCAAGCGUUUUCCUUCAAGGACUUCAUCAAGAAGAAGAGCUUAUAAGUCCUUUCUUUCAUGUUUUAAUUCAAGCACUGCUACUUGAAUGGAAUUGGGAGCGUCUGCCCCUUGCUGCUCGCCCCUAACUUCAUAGAAACAAAAACAAAAACUCUCUCGCCGUGCAGUAUUUAUACACUGUUACUUCAAAUUUUCGUUGCCAAUUUUGUGUGCAUUCUUCUCUUCUCCCCUGAGGACACGGUGAUACAUUAUUUGUUCUAUAUUAAAUUCAUUCUUCGAUAUUAAAUUCAUUUGAUGUUAUUAUACGGAGUAUAUCCAUGAAUUGUUGAUUU